AUGGACUGCUACGCCAUCCAAGCCACCGGCGAGAGCCAAGAAUGUACUUACAAGGCCUCUGACGGUCAGGUGCAGCUUGCUGCAUCUGCUAGCUGCCACCUCCAAGUUCGGGUCAAUGGCGAUGGCAACGAGAUUACCUUUGGCAACCAGGAUGCGGCUGAGAUUGUCAAGUUGGCGAUCUCAAGGUAUCAGGCGACUCUCGACGGUGUUUUGCGUGUUGGCGGACAGGGAACAGUGACCUGUGGUGGCAAGUCGGCCAAUUGGUCUAUCCAAUAG